CACCGCUGUUGCCUGUCCUAGCCUCCUUCACCGCCUCGUCAUCAACCGCAUCAGCAUGCGCCGCUGCGUUGUCAGAGCCGAGGCAAGCCAAAACCCUUGACUAGGUACAGUAACUACUGUAACUCCAAUUCCCUCUGCCUUUCCCCUUCAGCCAAAGCACCCCCUGCCCUUCACAUCGCAAGAGUCCUCCCUGCACGUUCUCCCCCCCACCUAGCGCACGCAUCGCAGCAGAGAGCUCUUUUCCUGUUCUUGCCCGCACACGCCACGCCGCACGUCGGUCAGGGACUUGCUCAAAUGGCACGAUAAAUUCCAGGGUUGGUCGUUCCUUCGCUAGGUUCGCUUUCGCGCCACGUUUUUGUCCCGCGCCGAUUUCUUUCCCGCGCUGGAUUGUUCCCCUCUCUCGGGGAAUGCUUGUCGCAUCAGGCGGCUCAGCUCAGCUGCACCUCAAUGAUCUUGUUAGUGCAGCUAAGUAGGAGCGGAGAAACGAUGAAUGCUAGAAUAUCUAUUUUGGCUUCAGAGCCAGUUCUGCUUUUCACAAGCGGGCCUUUUGGCUAUAUAGCCUCGUCCAUCCCUCGCAAGCGGUUCUUUUUGGCCGGGCUCUCGCCGAAUUAGAGCACUCGCCGCCGCGUGACAAGGCGAGAGACCUGAGUUGACCCCUCCUUAGUGGUUGCGCACCACACCGCUGUAGUCUGCUCGGAAGAUCCCAUCUCUGUAGUCAUGCAGCCGUUUCUGCCAAUUGCAUCUUGUGAAAUAGUCCGACUCGCACCCGUGUCCGCCGCACAAAAUGCUCGUUCGCGCCUGUGCCAUCCUCGUCCUAUUCUCGUCCCAUUUUGCGGCGCUGCCUCCUUCGAUGGUCCGCUGGCGGCCAACGGUUCUCGUCUGCUCUGCUGGCGAGCCGACAGCGAAUUAGGGUUGAGUAUUUAGGAUGAGUCGGCAUCGGGAUUCGAGUCGGGUCGGGUCGGGACUCGGGUCGGGUCGUCACCUCACGACGCUUCUUGAGUGGCCAUGGCUUUCCCAAACCCGCCUCGCUGGCCACGCAAGCUCCCAACGCGCAUUACUGGCAGUGCCGCUCUCGUGCCACCCCCACUCCUUCCGCCUGCAGCCCACUCCUUUCCUUCUCGCCAGCCCACUCCAGCCCACUCCAGCCCACUCCAACCCACUCACGGCCCACUCUGAGCGGAAAGGCUCUCACGAGGCACUUUGAAACCCUUUCUCCUAGGACAUAAGCGCGGAUGCCGCGCACGAUGGUAGUCAAGGGGGUCAAGCGUUUUUUUCUGGAGGGGGACUCUCAUUCGCCCGCGGAUUCCUCCGCCGGGGGGACGGGUCCGUGAGGUAUUUAAUCCCCCUCUCGGCCUCUCCUUCACCACAGCCUUCGCUUUGAGAGCCUCUCAGCCUUUGCACCCUUUCUUGCAAACCACCACAGUACUAGUACUGCACGUGCUCCCCGAGAACUCCGCUGACCCUUACGACUCCAACCACACGCGCACCUAGUUCUGCUGCGGCUCCGUCUCGCUAUCUCCUGCUGUUGCUGCUUCUGCUGCUGUCAAGGGGUCAUCUCCACGUGAUACCUCCGAGGGUACAAUCUCAGCUCGUGACGUCAUCACCAUCGUGCCAUCGUCAUGGGUCGUCUGGUGCUCGCUGCGGCGCUCGUGGCCCUCGUCCUCUCCGCCUGUGCGACCAUGGCUGCCGCCAUCCGCCUGCCGUCGACCACGCCCUGCAAAUGGGGGCACAACAGGAUGCACACCUGCGCAAUCCGCAACUGCGGCACCAACUCCAAGUGCCUCAAGGACGAGGCUGGCUGGGCCAACUGCGUGUGCCUCAAGGGCUUCCAGCUGCUGCCCAACGCCUCCUGCGCCCACUCGUGCGCGAUCUUGGUGUGUGACCCGCAUGCCACGUGCGUGAAGGAGGAGGACUCGUUGGCCAAGUGUGUGUGCAACUGGGGAUACGUCAUGACCCCCGAUGGCGUCUGCAUUGACACGUGCGCGAACAAGGCGUGUGACGGCACGUGCACCAAGGACGCUGCUGGGGCGGCAGUCUGUCAUUGCAACAAUACCAUUGGCCUCGUGCUGCUGGAAGACACCAAGACGUGCAAGGAUGCAUGUGAGGUCGCGGCCUGUCGCACCAAUUUCACGUGUGCCAGAAAUCCCGACAAUCUGGCCGACGUGAAUUGUGAAUGCCAGGAGGGAUACGCGCUGUCAGGGGACAAAUGCAUUGGGUGUUUGGGUGGCACGUGCAGCCAGAUCGAUGGAGAGGCAGUGUGUGACUGCCAUGGUGCGACCACUGGCCUCAAGCUGCUGGAGGACACGGUCACGUGCCAAGAUGCAUGUGUGCUCGAGGCGUGUCGCACCAAUUUCACGUGUGCCAGGAAUGUUGACAAUCUGGCCAACGUGCGCUGUGAAUGCGAGGACGGAUACGCGCUGGCGGAGGACGGCACAUGCAUUGAGAAGUGCGACCUCAAGGGGUGUUUGGGUGGCACGUGCAGCCAGAUCGAUGGAGAGGCAGUGUGUGACUGCCAUGGUGCGACCACUGGCCUCAAACUGCUGGAGGACACGGUCACGUGCCAAG